AACGAUAAUUUCGCUUCAAUCAUUGAAAGAUACGUUCGAAAAUGUUUUGAAAGAAUAAUCGUCACUCGAUUUUGAAAUUAAAAAAUUCAGAAUGUCUUGCAAAUCACGAACGUUAUCCAUCUUUUCUAUCUAAAUUUACUCGUAGUCUUCCGUAUACUUCUAUCGUGUCGUUUGCACGUAGAUAUGAGAGUUAUUACUAUUAUUAUCAGCGAUAAUACGUGCGACAAGGACACCAGAUCAGGGGGGAAGCAAUGUGAUUUGUGUCGUGUUGGUGUAGCGAGAGGCACGUGAUAGUAUCCUUCAAUCGAACGAUUGAGAUAAAUAAAACUUGAACUAAGCACGAGGAACUCAACCGUUUACCAGUCCGACUAGUCGUUGGGGUCCGCUUGCGUCGAUAUCCGAUCGGUGACUGCUGGGCACAUUGAAUUACGGUCUUUGUAAGAAUAAAUGGAACAGCUGUGUUCUCUGACCAACUUUCACUUUAUUGGCAGAGUAACAGCUGUCGCGAAGGCUACAUUUUGAAUUUGCAGUGGACCACUUAGCUCACGGUUCUAAUAUCAAGUCUCUCGCUCGUGUUUAGUUUACCACCGUCUUAAGUAACAAGGGCACUCCUACGGUCUACAGGAUGGAGCCAUUAACGAGAGCGGUGUUGCUAAAUACCGAAAGAUCAGCGAGAGCAUUGUUGUCUCAGCGCGUUCAAUGCAGAACACUUACAUCUCAACAAGUAUUCGAUCGCGAAUCUAAAUAUGGUGCUCACAAUUAUCAUCCACUCCCCGUGGCUUUGUGCAAGGCUGAAGGUGUCUUUAUGUGGGACGUCGAGGGGAAACGAUACUUUGAUUUUUUAAGCGCUUACUCGGCAGUCAAUCAAGGACACUGCCAUCCUAGAAUAUACAAAGCGAUGAUCGACCAGGCGAAAAAUUUAACUCUGACGUCCAGAGCAUUUUAUUCCGAUAUUUUGGGUGAAUUCGAAGAAUAUAUCACGAAACUUUUCAGCUAUGACAAAUGGUUGCCGAUGAACACAGGCGUGGAAGGUGGCGAAACGGCAUGCAAAUUGGCACGCAGAUGGGGAUACUCGUGCAAGGGCAUACCGCACAAUCAGGCCAAGAUAGUGUUUGCGGAAGGCAACUUCUGGGGAAGGACUCUGAGCGCUGUCUCCUCGAGCACCGAUCCCAGCAGUUACAGCGGCUUCGGACCGUUUAUGCCGGGCUUCGAGCUUGUGCCCUACGACGACCUCCCGGCGCUCGAACGGGCUCUCGCCGAUCCAAAUAUCUGCGCCUUCAUGGUGGAACCUAUCCAAGGUGAAGCUGGCGUUGUAGUACCCAAGGACGGAUAUCUGAGAGGAAUUCGAGAGCUGUGCACGAAGAACAAUGUCUUGUGGAUCGCGGACGAGGUGCAGACCGGCCUGGCGAGAACGGGGAAGAGGCUCGCGGUGGAUUACGAGAACGUCAAGCCGGAUAUUUUGAUUCUCGGUAAAGCCCUGUCCGGAGGAUUCUAUCCUGUUUCCGGUGUACUGGCAAACGACCCCGUUAUGCUCACGAUCAAGCCUGGCGAGCAUGGGUCUACUUACGGUGGUAAUCCCCUUGGAUGCAGGAUCGCCCUCGAAGCUCUUCGAGUCCUGGAAGAGGAGAAACUCGCCGAGAACGCGGCGAGGCUCGGCCGUGUGUUUAGAGACGAGCUUGGCAAGCUACCGAAGGAAAUGGUCACUUUGGUGAGGGGAAAAGGCCUCUUGAACGCCAUCUCAAAUGCAGAACAAGUAAGGUUCCUGAGUUCCCAGCAAGUGAUCGACCGCGACAACAAGUACGGCGGUAUACACUUCAAACCGCUACCGGUUGUUCUCUCUCGCGGCGAGGGGGUCUACCUGUGGGACAUCGAUGGAAAACGGUACCUCGAUUUCCUGGCAGGAUUCUCGACCGUCAACCAGGGCCACUGUCACCCACGUCUGGUGAAAGUAAUGAGGGAUCAGGCUGGGAAGCUGGCGCACACGUCAAGGGCCUUCUACACGGAGCCUCACGGCGAGCUGGGAGAAUAUCUGACAAAACUCCUGGGAUGGGAUCGGUUUUUACCUAUGAACACAGGUGUCGAAGGUGGUGACACGGCCGUAAAAUUGGCCAGGCGCUGGGGAUAUAGAAUUAAAAAAGUACCGAAUGACAAAGCUGCCGUUGUGUUCGCCAACGGGAACUUCUGGGGCCGUUCGUUAGCUGCCGUGUCAGCUUCGACGGAUGCAAAUUGCUACACGGAUUUUGGCCCUUACGUGCCUCUUUUCGAGAAGGUGCCGUACAACGACCCAGUGGCUCUGGAACAAAAGUUUCAGGAGAACCCCAACAUCUGCGCGUUCAUGAUGGAACCCAUUCAGGGAGAAGCUGGCGUCAUUGUGCCGACAGACGGUUAUCUGAAACGUGUGAGAGAACUGUGUACCAAGUACAAUGUUUUGUGGAUUGCCGACGAAGUGCAGACUGGUCUUUGCAGAACUGGCACGCGUUUGGCAAUCGACCACGAAGGCUGCAGGCCGGAUAUUCUCAUUUUAGGAAAAGCACUCUCCGGUGGCAUGUAUCCAGUCUCCGGUGUCCUGGCGGACGAUCAGAUAAUGCUCGGCCUGGAGACAGGUUCGCACGGAAGCACCUUCGGCGGGAGUCCGCUUGGCAACCGGGUUGCUUUGGAGGCGGUUAAAAUUCUGGAGGAGGAAAAUCUGGCCGAGAACGCGAAGAGGCUCGGGAAAAUUCUGAAAGAAGAACUGAAUAAGUUGCCGAGGGACAUCGCCACAGAGUUCCGUGGACGCGGGCUUCUGGCCGGUCUCGUGAUAAACAAAGAGUUCGCCGAGGGUUGGGACAUCUGUCUAAAGCUGAGAGACGCCGGACUGUUGUCGAGACCGGCGCAUGGUCAAAUCAUCAGAAUAUCGCCCCCGUUAACGAUUACGGAAGAACAAUUACGAGAGGGAAUAAAUAUUCUCACUACGGUUCUCAAAAGUUACAAAUAGAGAAUUGAAAAUUUCCUCCAAGAUUGUACAAUAAACAUAUUUCAUACAAC